CCAAACCAACCACCCGUUCGAAACAAUGGCUUUCAAAGUGGCUGCCUUUGCGAUCCUGCUCGUCGUUGUCGCCAUCAAUGCUGCGCCCCAACUCGACCAGCUGCCCGGUGGCAUGACGACCCCUGGCGUUGGUGAAGUGCAGCCUCCGAUGGGUGGUAACCAGACGAACCCGGGUGAUCUGCAGAACAACCUCAACACGACCGUACCGUCGAACCCGGCCGGUGGUGCCGAGAACGCUACCAUGCCGUCGAACAUCGGUGGUGGCAUCCCGAACCAGCUCGGAACUCGUCUCGCAAACCGGCUGAACCGCAACAACAACCACUAG